CGGAUGUGAAGACCCGUCUGCGAGAAAAUCCGAUCCGGGCGAAGCACUGGUCCUAAAAAGCCACUUCUCCCUUUCGCCCAGAGAAGAGUGAUAGACAUCAGCCCCAGCCUUGGCAUGUUCUCCUGGUUCUGGUGGAGGAAGAGUGAUGCUUCUCCUCUCGGAGUGAAGGAGUGUUAUCUUUCCACAGCUGGACAGACGGCCGGGCAGACGCACUGACACCCCUGCUCUGCUUGUCCCUGCAGCCGGACCGACGGCACGAGCAGACGCACGGACAGUGAACGUGCACAGCUGGUGCUGUGCUGCAUCAGGCCACACAGAUGUCUGAGGGACUUUGAUCUGGGGUCAGUGUCACUCUGGUCUGGGGAUCGGCAUCGAGCGAGCGAGCCAGGAUCACGGCACCCUGAGGGUCGGCGACAGGUGGCAGCUUUGCAGGAGAAAAACUGCUGCCGCCUGUGUUUCUUUGUAUCCUUGUUCUUUGGACCCGUGGUUCAGAGCCAUUUUUUUCAAUUUUCCUCGCCUGGACUCUGGCGCUCUGGCCGCACACUUUUGCUGUCAAAACUGGCGAUGUCAAGAGUACCGAGUCCUCCUCCCCCCGCGGAAAUGUCAAGCGGGCCUGUGGCUGAAAGCUGGUGUUACACUCAGAUCAAAGUGGUGAAGUUCUCCUACAUGUGGACCAUCAACAACUUCAGCUUCUGCCGUGAGGAGAUGGGCGAGGUCAUCAAGAGCUCCACCUUCUCUUCAGGAGCCAAUGACAAACUCAAAUGGUGUCUGCGAGUGAACCCCAAAGGCCUGGACGAGGAGAGCAAAGACUACCUGUCGCUCUACCUACUCCUGGUCAGCUGUCCCAAGGCAGAGGUCCGUGCCAAAUUCAAGUUCUCUAUCCUCAACGCCAAGGGGGAGGAGACCAAAGCCAUGGAGAGCCAGAGGGCCUACCGCUUCGUCCAAGGCAAAGACUGGGGCUUCAAGAAGUUCAUUCGCCGGGACUUCCUGCUGGACGAGGCCAAUGGGCUGCUUCCUGAUGACAAACUCACCCUGUUCUGCGAGGUGAGCGUGGUACAGGACUCGGUAAAUAUCUCGGGUCAGAACACCAUGAACAUGGUGAAGGUGCCAGACUGUCGGCUGGCGGACGAGCUGGGCGGACUGUGGGAGAACUCGCGCUUCACCGACUGCUCCCUGUGCGUGGCGGGGCAGGAGUUCCAGGCACACAAGGCCAUACUGGCAGCCCGUUCCCCGGUGUUCAGCGCCAUGUUUGAGCACGAGAUGGAGGAGAGUAAAAAGAACCGUGUGGAGAUCAAUGACGUGGAGCCUGAAGUCUUCAAAGAGAUGAUGUGCUUCAUCUACACGGGCAAGGCUCCGAACCUGGACAAGAUGGCCGACGAUCUGCUGGCAGCAGCAGACAAGUACGCUCUGGAGCGGCUGAAGGUUAUGUGUGAGGACGCCCUGUGCACCAGUCUGUCGGUGGAGAACGCCGCUGAGAUCCUCAUCCUGGCUGACCUGCACAGUGCCGACCAGCUCAAGACGCAGGCCGUCGACUUCAUCAACUAUCACGCGGCGGAGGUGAUGGAGACGUCGGGGUGGAAGUCCAUGGUGGCGUCGCACCCUCACCUGGUGGCCGAGGCCUACCGCUCCCUGGCCUCGGCGCAGUGCCCUUUCCUCGGGCCGCCCCGCAAGCGGCUGAAACAGUCCUAGUGACGGCGCCGUGUCCUCCGUCGCGAAGCUCCCAGCCGCUUCCUCCCAGACCUCCCUCACCUUCAGACACUCUGAUGAGCCCACUGUCAAGCAUCCCUCCCCCCAACCUCCUCAGCCUCUACUGCUGUACUUUGUCUCAGAACACUUGAUGGGAAGAUAAAUAGGGAUGGGGUGGAUGGCCUGUAGGGCGGGCAAGGCCAGAGACCCGCACACUGUAGCUUUGCCGUGUAGACAGAGGGGACCCUGGAGGCGUCACUAAUGAAGAACACACCAGGAAAAGGACAAAUACUGUUUUUUUUU